AUUGAGUUCUCAACGCAGGUUUUGAAAUGCGAUCCUUCUUCCAUCUCCUUUGCUUCAGAUUACCCCAUAAUUUCAUCCCCAGACACCUCGCGCGCUUUGGACAUCGCCGCCCACCAUCUGCGCGACCUAUCUCAGACAGUCGUUUUCCCAACAGAAACUGUCUACGGGCUCGGUGCAUCUGCUCAGAGUACCCAAGCCACCUCAAAAAUCUUCUCCACCAAAGGUCGCCCUCCGGACAACCCUCUCAUCGUCCAUGUAUCAUCCUUGACAAUGCUCCGCACCCUUCUGCCCCUUGGUUAUAAUCUAUCGAGAGCGUAUGAAGUGCUUAUAAAGCACUUUUGGCCAGGUCCAUUGACCCUCUUGUUCCCAAGAAAUGCGGACAUUAUCCCGACCAUCGUCACAGCGAACCAGCCUUCUGUAGCCAUAAGGAUGCCCUCACACCCAGUAGCCAGAGCGCUGAUCGCAAGCUCGAACUUGCCCCUCGCUGCUCCGAGCGCCAACUCUUCCGGAAAGCCAAGUCCAACUCGUGUUGAGCAUGUUUUGCGUGAUCUCGAUGGCAAAGUCCCCAUCAUCCUCGAUGGUGGCGCCUGUGAUAUUGGGUUGGAGAGCACGGUUGUUGAUGGUCUACAAGCGGAUGGAAAUAUACGUAUUCUGCGACCAGGAGGAAUCACCGUUGAAGAGAUCGAACGCGUCCUCCGCCAGGAAAUGCAUGAUUGCGCUCAGAUACCGAAGGUUCUGAACGCGCCGACUACGCCAGGGAUGAAAUACCGUCAUUACUCACCGUCAGUUCCUGUCACCCUCAUUUGCACCAGUUCCUCUCCGCCGCAGGGCACCAACCCUCUCGCCGUUUCCGCGUUCCUAGAGUCGCUUGUGAACACCCAUGACGAAGUCAAGAUCGGCGUCAUGGCCCCUUCCGACUCGAAACUCUGGGGUUUUCUCGUGCCAAAAGAAGGUUUGCAUUGGCGUCGCUACGAUCUGGGACCCAGUUCAGACCCUUCAGUGACGGCUCACCGACUUUUUGAUGGUCUCCUUACUCUCGAGAAAGAAGGCGUACACCUCAUACUCAUCGAGGAAGUCAAGGAGGACCGGGAAGGGCUUGCAAUUAUGAACCGAGUACGAAAGGCAGCGGGGGACUCUGUA